AUGAGCGCCCAUCGCAAGCUCGCGCGUAGUUUCGAGAUCAAGGUAAUGGGCGUCGGCAUUGUGGUCGGGCAUCGAUCUGGGGCGAGGGCAAACAAGAAGGGCAGCGGAAAGGGUGGGCAAGGCAAGGGCAAGAGCAAGGCGGCUGGUUCGGGCGAGUCGGCCUUUGCGCCCGAGCCGACCUUGUGCUGCUUCCACGACAAGGCGGCAAAGGUGGAGAUCGAUGCGCUGGUGGCAACGCCGUGCAUGCAAAUCAUGGUGUCGGGUGGUACAGAUGGAACGUUGGCUAUGUGGCUCCCGUUUGAGGUACUGGCGGAGGGCAAGGCCAUUUCGAUGAAGGCUCGUAAGGAGCAUGGUAUGUCGCUGGCGUACUCGGCCGUGCCUGAGGUCUGCUGGGCGUUCAAAAAGGAGCGGAUCACCACCGGACUCUCACGGAUGACGGUCAAAGCUGUCCGCGACGCAGCCCGGGGCACGGAAGCCGUUUCGGCACUCGCGCUCCACCCGGAGGCGGCGUGGAUUGCGGCCGGUGGCGCCGACGGGUCUUUGGCGGUGCAUGGCGUCCGCGGAGCGCCCGGCGCGCUGCUCGCCACGCUAGACGAGCAUCGCGGGCGGGUCAACGGCCUUGCGCUGGUGGGUGAUAGCAGUGAGACGGCACUUGUCUCUGUGGGGGCUGACGGCCUUGCGCGGGUGUACGACCUGAGCCACGGCGCGCCGAGCGUCGAGGUGGAUCUCGCGACGCCACUGACUGCAGUGGCGGCGCUGGAGUCAGGGCUUGGACCGCGGGUGGCGCUCACCGACUUUGUGGGCACAACCCGGGUGUGGGAUGUUCGGACGAGCAUCGAUGAGGCGCUCGAGCUGCAGUCGCGGCUGUCAACGCCGGCGCUGUCGGUGGCGGUCGAGGGCGACGCUGUGUACGUCGGGCACCGCGAGCACCAGGGCUGGGCACACGUCAUUGUCCACGACGUGACGGCUGGCAAGCUGCGGGCGGACAUCAAAAUGGAGUUUGGCUCGGGGCCCGCGCUGAGCAUUGCGCCGAUUCCACCCGGUGACUGGGCGGCUGGCCACAUCAUGGUCGGUUGCUCGAGCGGCGUCCACAAGUACGACGCCAGAAGCGCAAGCAGCAGGGAGACCCGGUUUGCCGGCUGUGUGGCUGGGCCGGAGACCCCGAUUGCCGCCAUUGUCACUGCUGUCGACCAGCCGCUGGUGGCCACUGCCGGCGGCUCGCGCGGCAUGGUCAUUCCCUCGGCAAGCAAUGAGCUGUUUGUGUACACCGUUCCAUCGCGGGUGGUCCUGGCGCUGUACGCACCGCGGCCGAUGCACCGGCCGGCGCUGUUGGGCAGACUACAUCAUCCGGUGCCACGGCUGGCUGGCGCAAGUGAGCUGGUGGUGGUGGCUGGCCACACAGUGUUUGCCGGUGCGUCGUUUGUUGGGGCCAUGGACUCACCCGAUGGCUGGCUUCUCCAGCCUUAUCAAGUGGCUCAGAUCGAUGCCAUCCUCGACCACAUCCGGACAGGCGUGGCCAUUGCCGCAGCCAAUCCAGAGGCGGUACUGGUCUUUACAGGCGGCGCAACGCAUGCCGAGGUCCAGCGAUCAGAAGCCGAGUCGUACCUGCAUGCGGCAGACGCGGCAGAUUGGUUCGGCGAGCCAGAGGUGGCGCGGCGGACGGUGACCGAGAACGCCGCGCGCGACUCGCUGGAGAACCUGCUGUUCUCGAUCUGUCGAUUUCGCGAGGUGACGGGGCGGCUCCCGGCACGGAUUACCGUCGUGUCGUUUGAGUUUAAGCGCAAUCGCUUCACCAACGUCCAUCGCGCCGCACUCGGCUUCCCGGCCGAGUGCUUCUCGUUUGUUGGCAACCACGUCGCGGAUGAUGCCAGCGCCGACCUCGACGCCCACACCCGCACCGCUUUUAGCGCUGAUCCAUUUGGUUGCGGCGCGCCGCUGGCCGCCAAGAAGCAGGCCCGUAACCCGUUUGCUACCUCGAUCGGCUACCCGAUGGGUUGUCCGGAGCUCUCGGCACUCUUUGAAUGCGAGCUUGUGGAUGCGACGCUGCUGCCGUGGGGCGAUGACAUCACCACCGGCUACGGCUCUGGUUGCAGCGUGUGGCUGAUGACAGAGGCAUCGUCGGCGCAGUCGCUCUCGGUGAGCAGCUCGCGGUACGCCAGCGAGUAUGAUGAGCUCGGCCAGCUCGGGUUUGGAGGCUUUGGCUCGGUGUUUCGGGUUCGCGCGCGGCUGGACGGGCACCUGUAUGCGGUGAAAAAGGUGGUGCUCCCGCCCAACGCCUCGCCACUGCCGGCGCGUGAGCGGAAGGAAGUACAGCUCCUUGCGCGGAUCUCGAAUCAUCCGCACAUUGUGCGCUACUUUUCGUCGUGGGUGGAGCGGGUGCUCCGGGCUGACGUCAUGUGCGACGAGGACGACGAGUCGGGACUCGGCGAGUCGUGGUCGAUGAUCUCGCUGGCGUCGUCUGACUCGAUCGGCGGGACCGCACGCGGGCUUUUCUUUCUCGACGAACACAGCAGCGAGAGUGGAGGGGAUGAUGACGGCAGCAAUGCGCCGGUCGUGGAGGCGCGGGUGGGCGGCGAGGAAGUCGACGUGCUGUUUGUGCAGAUGGAGCUGUGCUCGGACCUGACGCUCCGUGAGUGGCUGGACGAUCCGGACCGGAGCGUGGACCGCGAGGUGAACCUGCGGAUCCUGUCGCAGCUGCUUGCGGCACUGCAGCAUGUGCACGCCUUUAACGUUGUUCAUCGCGACAUCAAGCCGGCCAACGUGUUCCUCGAGUCAAACACGGUUGUCAAGCUCGGCGACUUUGGCCUUGCGACGUCGAUCUUUGAGCAGUGUGGGGUGCCGCCGCCGGCAGAGGCGAGCUCGGCAGGAGGCGGCGAGGCUGCAUCGAUGGGUCUGCUGAGGAUCCCGAGUGCAGCAGCGCCUGGAGGUGGGUUGGGCACAGCGCGAUCGAUCCCGUCGGAUGUGUCUGAGGCUGGCAACCUGACGCAGGGUCUCGGAUCGACGUUGUACGCAGCGCCGGAGCAGGUCGAUGGUGACGGGCGGUACGGAACCGGUGCCGACAUGUUUUCGGUCGGCCUUGUGAUGGUCGAGAUGUUCCUCCCGCCGUUUACCACGAUGAUGGAGCGGGUGCGGACGCUCGAGGCGGCACGCGCAGGCCACCUCGAUCCGCAGAUCUACUCAGCGUACCCGCAGGUGGCAGACCUCAUUGCGUCCCUGCUUGUGGUGGACAGCGAGCGGCCGACGGCGGCGGCGCUGCUGCGGCACCCGGUGUUUGAGCCUGUGUGGGUCGGGUCGGCGACCGGCUCGGACAUGGCAUCGUACUCGCCGACCUCGUGGCACUGGGGCACGCCGCCGGCAUCGCCUAUGGGCGGCAGCAAAGCCGGGCGGGCACGGGCACACUCGGGUUUUGACGGCCCUUGGGAGCUGAGCGCCGAAGGCGGCGACGACCCCGGCAGCUCACCGGCCCGCGGCGCGUCGCCGCUCCUACGCGUCGCACCGCCGCCGAGCCCCUCGGGCUCACCGCCGUUUGCGCUCACCCCGCCGCCGUGUCAUGGGUGCAGCCAGCGCGAGACAGGCAUGGAAAAGCUGUCGACCAAGCUGCAGGCGUCGGAGGCGCGGGUGGCGCAGCUCGAGGCCUACAUCCGCUCGCUCGGGGCGGUACCGCCGCUGGCGCCCGCGCCGUCGUCGCUACCGCGAACCUGGUCAUGA